AUGAAGGAUAAGGUCAAGGUUCUGAAGGUGGUGGCGAAAAGCGAUCAUCGCGUGCCGCCAGUUGCGCUUGUGCCAUCGUCCGGUCCUAUUCGACGUCGAUGUGCCGCGAGUUCCAUGCUGCGUGCUGUUCUCGAAAAGCUAACCGCAGUUUAUUUCGUUUCCGGAUGGUUGCUAUUGCGGCUGGAUGUCGAUAUCGACCAGGGCGGCGUUUUUGUUUCAGCCUUCACGUUCAAGCUGAGAUCAACCAAAGCUCCGAACGUUGGGCGAUCGAGAGGACAACCUCAUCUGAAGAACACGGGUAGGAGGCUGAGAAAAGAUACUAACGACGACCCAAAGGUUACGCCAGUAGCACUUUUCCAAAAGGUGCGUGAAGAGAAGAGUGCUAAGGCAAGCAGUGCGUCUUUCGCGGAAGAGCGCGUGGGCCACCAGGAAAAUGCAGGCGCGGAACUGAAUUUUCGGAAUAAACAGAACCGCGCGGGGCAGCGGCAGGGUCGUUUCGAGCAUGAUAAGCGCAGCGAAAGCGGCAGUGGAACUACCCUGGGCGCAAGCGCAGCCGUAGUGGUGGAGGCUGCUUCAGCAACCCGUACAACGGUUGGCGCGAGGGCACAGGCCUACUUCGACCUCGUGGAGAGCAAGGUGCGCCAGCUGCGCCUUAAGAUCUACGAGGCUGCGGCGGCCUGCAAGGCGGACGCAAAACCCGAAAAAUGCUGCGGCAGCUCCAGUCCUCGCGCUACGUCGAGCUCGUCUUCGUCCUCGUUCGGAAGGAUCGGGGAGUGCAGCGCGGAACAAGGCUGCUUCGCCAUGGACACUACCGGGGGGAAAAGCGUGCGGGUCAGGUACGACGCCGUUGCGGUCACGGACGACCACGAAGAUUGCUUAUCACGAGCCAUCGUCCACCUGUUCUUGGACGAGGCCAACAAGCCCGCGGAGGCGGAUGUGGACGGGACGAAGCUGUUGCGCAACCCCAUCACCGAGCAGAGCAGCAAAAGCGACGUCACCGCGGACCUGGGGUUCGCCACGGUGGCUCUCGAAAAACCAGGAGACGGAGCAAACCGUUUUGUGGCGCGCUGGCCUGUCAGCAAUCACACGGUACGCACCGACCACGCCGCACCAUGGUACGUGAAGACCCUGACGGGUGUAUCCUGUGUAGAACCGUCCCCGGCCCAUUCUAGCUUUCUAUGUUGUCUUUGUGAUGCGCCGUCGCACAACCACGUCUUCGAUUUUCGCUCAGCUCUAGCAAGUACAUGUGUGAUGUUGUGCUGCCAGGCAUUUGCAUUUUCUAUUGCUAAUCAUGCGCGAGUGCGAUGAUAGCGAUACAUAUCCGCUACUGCAACUUUCUUAUCUAUUUAUUAGGAUGAGAGAGAUGAGACUGAGAGGCUAGUAAUCUCGACCACAAACACAAUGCUGGUGGCUCGCGCUUAUCAUGCACAGACCUCCAUCACCGCAAGAUUUUCACUUAGAAUCACCGAUCCCGGGUUGGGACGAGGCUUUUACACGGGAUACAAUGGAGUGUCGAAGAACGUGGUGAUUGUUGUGGACCGGAGUUGGUCCAUGGACAUGACUAAAUCGUGGGAGGACGCGCGAGGUGCCGCCCUGGCCGUGCUCGAGUCCCUCGCCACCACCGAUAAGUUCUUUCUGAUGACCUACCAGCACCCUGUGCAGUUCGCGGCCUUCGAGUUCGUGCACGCCACUGCGGCGCACGUGGCCGCCGCGAAAGCGUGGCUGGACCUCCAGUUUCCGAUCGGGGGCUCCACCAGUCGCCCGGAUGCGGAGUUUGCGAUCGGGGCUGCGAUCACGGUCGGCACGCUCGGCGUCGUCCCCGAGGCGUGGCGCACGAAAAUAAGCGGGACGGUGAACAAUUACGACAGCGACG